AUUCAGUACGCAUUGCGUAGACAGAAAAGUUAACACGCCAAGUUAACAAUAGUGUUGCUCCACCAUUCAUUUCUUGCUGUGUUUUAACAUUUUUCGCGAGAAAUGUAUUCAAAAAAGUUUUUGUGCUACUUAACAAUUGGUUUGCUUCUGAUGGGAAUAUUCCUGGAAGAAGUCGAAGCAAGGCGCAAAAUUUUAAGGGGUCGAAAGACGAUAACCAGGCGUUAUUACAGAGGUACAGCUAUACCAGCUUGGGCUAUAGUACUUUUGACAGGUAUCGGCAUGUUGUUGCUCGGCGGCGGUCUUUACGCCGUGCUGCAAAAAUUCGUCGUGGACGCUGCCGAUACGGGAGAGAGUCAUUCGUCAUAUCAGCCUGCAUUGCCGCUGGAAAGUUGAAUUAAUCCGCUACGAUGCAACUUCCGUUUAUACUAGAUAAUCUAUAUUGUGUAAUCUAAAUUAUGUAAAGCAGAAUUUUAUUAAAAAAGAAAUGUGUUUGCAGAAACGUAA